UCCUCGGUCUCCCUCUACAAUCUUACCGCGUUGCCAACCACCACAGCAAGAUCUUCGAAACGGUGCGUCGCGAUCAUACCACGGUUGCACGGUCGCAAAAUCCACCUAAAUUCGAUAGUCUUCGGAGCUCCGAAGCCGCUGCUGGGUGGGGUGAGUGGAGUGGGACGUCGUGGCGGUGGCCAUGGAGAAAAGAAGAUGGCUGGUAUUGGUAAUAUUAACGUGGAUGUUUGUUUUCUCUGCUGGGAGAGAACUGAAAAUUAAGCACAACGAUCAUGGCCCCAUAUACAAUCAUACGCUUGCCACUAUACUAGUGCGAUAUGCUUCUACAGUUUAUUUGUCAGAUUUGUCAGAGCUGUUUACUUGGACAUGCUCAUGCUGUAAUGAUUUGAUUAAGGGGUUUGAAAUGAUAGAGAUUAUUGUUGAUGUCCAGCAUUGCUUACAGGCUUUUGUUGGAGUGGCACAAGAUCCCAAUGCUAUUAUAAUUGCAUUUAGAGGGACUCAGGAACACAGCAUACAGAAUUGGAUUGAAGACUUAUUUUGGCAACAACUUGAUCUAGAUUACCCUGGCAUGCCUGAUGCAAUGGUGCACCACGGGUUUUAUAGUGCUUACCACAACACAACCAUACGCCCUGGAAUUCUAAAUGCUGUGGAAAUAGCCAGGGAAUAUUAUGGAGAUAUUGGCAUCAUAGUUACAGGACAUUCAAUGGGAGGGGCAAUGGCUUCAUUUUGUGCUCUUGAUCUAAGGGUCAAUCAGAAAGAGAAAAAUGUUCAAGUUAUGACAUUUGGACAACCUCGUAUUGGUAAUGCAGCUUUUGCAUCAUACUAUAGUACACUUGUACCAAACAGUAUACGAGUAACAAAUGCACAUGAUAUGGUGCCUCAUUUACCUCCAUACUAUACUUAUUUUCCUCAGAAGACAUACCACCACUUUCCACGAGAGGUGUGGCUUUAUAACCUUGAAGUUGGAAGUCUUGUUUAUGAAGUUGAGAAAAUCUGUGAUGAAUCAGGCGAGGACCCAACGUGCAGCAGGUCAGUGAGUGGGAACAGCAUUUCGGACCAUUUAGUUUAUUAUGGUGUUGACUUAAUGGCCAAGACAUGGAGACGGUGCAAAAUUGUGAUGGGUACUGGUAUAGCAGAGUACAGCAGAACAGAUCUUGGAGGAAAUUUUAUACUGUCCAGAGAUCUGGCAACUUCUGUUCUCAAGUUGAACGCAGCGCCUGACACUGGGGCAAAACCUCUGUAGAUUGCUGGCCAUGUUUUCCCUUGGAAAAAUCUGAGAGAGGUCAGUUGUAGGUAUAUGUCCUGGGAAAGCUGUUUCGUUGUAUGCCUAAAAGCUCUUGCUUUUCAGAAGCCAUAGCUGAUGAACAUCGUGGGUUAUGAUGGGGCUGCGGAUGACUUGUGUACAUAUGAAUGUGCUCAUCUUCAGUCUUUGGGAUUGCUGACAUUGUGUUGUAUAUAUAAUGGUUGUUCGCUACGCAGAAAUGUUACACUUUGCGUAAUAAUAAGUAUACCAAUUACUUAUUAAAUCAAA